CUCUACCUAUCUCGUUUACCGAAUCUGUGAAUAUUCAAAAUAAUAAUAUAAUCAAUGGAAAUUUGCUUCUCAAUGUGUAGAGUACAAAAAAAUUAAUUUAAGGAUACUCUUACCGUAUAUUAGAACAAAAAUCUUAAUUAAUUGUAUAAUGCUACAAAAAUAACAUAACCUUUAUCAUUUUCUAAGUUAUUAAAACGUUUACCAUGCAAAAGCUACAAGAAAGUGUGUUUUCUAUUAUAAAAACUACAAAUCUAUCAUCUGCUGUAUUUAGUUUUCUACAACCAACUGAAGAAUAUUCAGACAAAACACCGCUGGGCGGAAUUUUGCAGGAUACUAAAUAUGGAUGGCUUGCCCUUGGUCCUAAAUUUUGUGUUGUCGAUUUACGGAGUGGAUUGAAAAUUGCUGCUCGUACUUUUGGAAACGGUGUGAGCAACAAGAUUACUGUCACCAGUGUUGUGGAAUUACCCACACCUCUCACUGAUAACUCACAACAGCUCAUUAUAAGCCUUGAGUAUGAUGAUGCCACUGGAUUGAUUUGCAUAUUCCACAUUAAUGGAUCUCAAUUGCUGCGUUGCAUUCAGACGGAUGGUGUCAUAACAGAACUGACAGUUUGUGAUGCAAUACCAAAUGGACCACUUAUGUGCUUUGAUGGCCUCAUCAUGGCUGGCACUCAUAGAGGAGAGAUAUUUAUAUUUGAUCUCAAUAAAGCCUCUCUGAUCCAGGCACUCAAAGACUUAUCUCAAGGCUAUGAAGAGCAAGUUAGAGGUGAACAGAAUGUGGCAAAUUUGAUAUUCCUGCCUCUGAAAGCUGUACAUAAAAUUGAAAGCCAAAGAGAUUUGGCCGUUGAGAACGAUGAUCAUUUGGCUUUGCUACUGAAUGAGAAUUCAUUCCAUGAAAAUCAAUAUAUAUUUUGUAACCCAGAUGGCACUGUUAGAAUGAAGGCGAAACAGAGCCACAUAAGGACAACCGUUGUUCAAUACAUUCCGCAAUUAGGAAGCUUAGCCGUGGGUUUUAAUUUUGGUGCAUUCCAAUUAUGGAACCUUCUGAAUUUGGAAUUGGAAUUCACAUCUCAGGUCAAUGUUGAAUGUCUGCCAGUCACUCAUUUUGGUUUCCAGGAACCCUGUGAUGAUCCGAGAGCAUUUUGUUAUUUGUGGGUAGUGUUUUCAGUGAUAGAUCGAUUUGAAGAGGAGGAAUUUCCUUUGGCUGUGAUGUAUUCUCUGACUUAUCAGGGAAAAAGAAUGCUGGCUGAGAACAAAUAUUUAUAUCAGGAAUUUUCUAUGGCGACAAUUCGCUUCCAAAUAGAGUUGGGUGCCAUUGAAGAUGUGUCAGUGUAUAUCGGUGGCAGAUGCAUCUCCUGUCACACUUAUUCCAUCAGUUCUGUUUUGGGAGAAGAAGGGGAGGACACGAUGCUCAACUUAUGCCAGCUAGUGUGGGAAUGUUGGGGCGAGAACAACACAGUGACUCAACACUGUAUGUUGCUGUUCGAUCUUGAUCAGUGGUACAAAGAUCAAAUGCCCGCCACAUAUCGGCUGGAGAACAAUGCGUUUAUGAGCACCGCGCGGUGUCCUGAGAUCAGCCGCGGGUCAUGCGUCACGUUAGACUUGAGGUUGGAUUCAGAAUCAGUCACGCCAUACUCACACGCCACGCGACUCGAAGAACAUUUCUUUCCUAAUUCCUUGCAAUACAACUGCGUGGCUCUCAGUACGUGGUCGACGGCGGUGGUUCAGACGGCGGGCGUCCAGCGUCAGCUGGUCCGCGGCAUGAGCGCGGCGGGCCCGGCGUGUCUGCUCGCCCCGGCCAGAUUGUACGCCGCGUGUAAAACCGCCGGUCUGACACCGCUCUACGCUCCCUCUGGGGACACACCGGAGGAUCAACGUCGUUUUCUUCUGUCUGUGGCGUUGGAGGCGAGGCUGUCGUCGUUCCUGAAACGAUGUGCACACGACUGGGCUACGGGGACCCACAGUGGUGUCGGAUGUACAUUGCCUUUCUUGGUGGAUUGGUCGUGGAGUAGAGCUAUUGAAUUGAAAGAAAACGCUAAAGAACUGACCGCGCCGCUGUUUACUUCCUCUAUGAUGCCAGACAGGAAUGUUAUAAGAUGUCUGGAGCAUUGUGUGCAACAACUGAGUCAACUGACUGGUUUGUUAGACGCCAUCCUCACUAAAUGUUGUAAUCUAGUUGUACCAGACGCGUUAAGCGAAAUGGAAGAAAAAUAUAAAGGCAUAGGCACAGUAUCCUUAUACUUCCAAGUUGUACAAUGGUUUGUUAGGGUCGGACUGUUGCCUGAGAAGAGUUCGGACAGACAUUCGCACACAUUACCCUACCCGGUGCAUCAGCUAUGUGGGAUAUAUAACAAGCGUCGCAUCAAGCUCAACCGUCUUCAAGACAAGUCGGACGACGAGUCGAGCAACGAGUCGUGUUCGCUUCUGUACAUAGAUCAACUCAUUGAACACGAGUUCGGGGGUGAUAGAGUCCAUCAACUAUGGAUGGUAUGUGGAUCGAGCGGGGGUCUCUAUCCCCCCCCUUCUCUGUUUUCUCUCUUGAGACUCUACUUGCUGCCGGAUGUUCCCGAGGAACACAAGCACUCUCUCCUGCUCUACUUACUCCUGGAUUAUUCUAUGAUCUAUGAUGAUAUGCGCCACGAGUCCGUGAUACGUCGUUUGAUGCAGUUCCCAACAAUGUUCGGUCUCAGUAACACGGCGAUUAAGGCCACCCAAGCCUUCUGGCAUCUCGACCACAGAGACUUUGAUUUCGCUCUCGACCAACUUCAAUGUCUAACUGGCAACACUCUCUCCGACUGGCAACAUCACGUAGUCCUGUCAUCGUUACUGGCGCAGAAGAAAACUCAAUCAGCGUUACAAUACUUACACGUGAGGAAACCGGCUCCGAUACACGUUAGUGACAACAAUGAUUAUGACAAACUAGACGAUUGGCAAACCUCCUGCAACCUGUACCUGGCCCGGGGCCUGGUGUUCGAAGCUUUGGAUGUUAUAAGGAUGUGCGUAGAAAAUGCCGGCUCCAGCGACGAUAAGACGCAAUUGUUGAACUAUUUCUAUAAAGGCUGUAGGAACAGCGGUCAACUGGCUAAGGUGCUGCAAGUAACGUUGUUGCCGUUUGAGGAGGAAGUGUUCAUCAGGUAUCUCAAGGAGUGUAACGAAUCCCACACAUCAGACAUCCUCGUUAUGUACUACUUGCAACAGGCGAGGUACCUAGAAGCGGAACAGUAUAACAGUAAGUUGAAGACUCGUCACGAACAGUCUGAUCGAGGGUCGGCUCGCGACGCGCUGGUGGCGACGCUGUGUAGAGACCUGCCGGAUGUCACAGGAGACGUACUGAGAUGUGCUAUGAACGAAGCCGAGCCCAGGAUUUUCAAACCGAAGCCUAUGUCUGUAUACGUUCAAGCAAAUUCGCCGAAAAACACCUUCACAUACAAGUCGUCGUUUAUACAAGAUACGAUUGAAAAUGCCAGUGAAACGUGGAUAAACAAACCCAAGACCAGGAAGGGCAUUAAGCGAGCGCUCAACAUAGAAGACACUCCAUUCAUUUGCACUCCCAAGGCGUAUAAAAGCAAGAGCGUCCUACAAGAGAAGAGUGACGGUACUCCGGCGAAGCGAGCCAAAUUGGAUCUCAAUAGCUCGGGAAGAACGCCGAAAAUGGCUCACAGGGCCAACGACAGCGUCAGCUGCCAAGUGGCCCGUCUACUUCAUAUGCCAGACUUGGAGAGCCCUCACAACUACCCCGCCAGGACGGACACGCCACAAAGCAUACUCAAGUCCCGUCCGUCAUCCCGUCGCGGCAACACGCCGUACGACAACGACCACGACCACAGCGACCACAGUGACCACGACCACGAUGAACACAGGCACCUAAGGUUCACAAUACCGACGUCAUCCGAGGCGGGCUCUUCGCCGUCACCGGUAGCAUUGCCCUUGUACGCGGAAAGUGAAACAGAUAAUAACACAACACACCCUCUCGAAUCUCCGCCUAAGAAGUUCGCCGCCGAAGAUAUAUCUCCCAGGAAGUCUUACAAGGAUAACGUUCGUGCGAGGCGUUCCUUAUCCAUAUCAGCGAACAGCAGUCUGUCAGAGGAUCCGAACACGUCCAUAGAGAGUAUAGCGGAUAUCCCGGUGACGCUCAUCAACCCGAGAUACACGGGCGAGAGAUACAUGAGAGAUACUGAGGAAGAGAGAGAUAGAGAUACUAGGAACAAGAUACACAUUGAAACCGAGAAGAGAGAUACUAGCUAUGUACCGAACACACCUAAAGGGAGACGAGCUAUCAGGAGCGAUGGAGAUAAUACACCACUGAGCGGAAGUCGUUCAAAUACGCCGGACCGAUGUGAUUCACCCAUCAUCACGCCGAAGCGAGUUACCAGAAGUACCAGGAGUCGAUCUCGUACACCAGAAAUAAGUCCAAAAUCAUCUCUCACGCCCAUAGAGGAGCUGCCGAGACAGGAAACUGACACCGCGUCAUACAAAUCUAAAUACAUACCAUCGCCUAGAAGGUCCCGUACGCCCGAGAGGAUAGAAAAAGUAAUAGAGCCUCCGCGUCUUGAAGCAAUUAGUGAAUCACCCACCAAGUCAUCACAGCCGCCACAAUCACCCACCAGACGUAGUCUCAGAAGCCGUUCCCGUACGCCGGAAGUGGAAAUUAAAGUUGAUCCGCCUGUUAUAACAAGUCCUCGUAGCCUAAGAAGCCGAUCGAAAACACCCGAAAAGUUGAUGUCACCGAAGAAAGAUCACGGAACCCGGAAGAAGUCGCUCUCGAGAAUAGUUCUAGAAGCUAACGCGUUCGCUAAAACUAAGCAGAUAGAAAAAAUGGACGAGGAAGAUAAACCGGAUGCAACCGGUGUUAUAGAGUGUACUCCUGUGAAGCCUUCCAAACACACCGAACCGCCCCAUCCCUGUCUCAUGGACGUUGAAUUCUCGCCAAUAGUCAACAAAUCAAUCCUACACAGUUCAUCCGAGAGCUUCUCGAUCACAGAGAAAAUAUCAAAAUCGAGCGAAGAUCAAAUAGAAAUUAAUCAACUACCCGCAUUCACUAUCAACGAGAUAUACGCCGACAAAUCGGUUCUGCACAGCUAUCAGAGCAGUAUCGGCGGCACUGAGUCGAUACACGACACACGGGAGAGUAUUAAGGAAACAGUCGAAAUCUGCAAACCCCUCCCAGCGUUCACGAGCAUUACUGAUGACUUCGGCAAAUCGGUGCUGCAUAGCUUCGAAAGCACCAUCGACUCUAGUAAUAUAGAAAGAAAGGAAACGCCUAAAUCAAAGACAACGGAUUAUGGAGUUCUGAGUACCGACACGAGUGCGAGUGUCGGCCAACAAAACGAAAGCCUCAUGACCAGUGACAGUGAAAUCGACGAUAGAGAAUGGAGUCGACUCGACAAUCAGAACGCGAGAGUUAUACAGAAGGAGAAGGAGAGGAUAGUGGAGAUAGAGAGAGAGAUAAACGAGAUAGAAGAGAUGUCGGAUGAGUGUCGCGAGACUUGUAGUGAUUCUAACGACAGUGCUGAGAGCGAAGAGGAAGAAGAGGGCUCCGAGUCAGAAAAUGACAACGAGGUUAUUUCCAUCGAAGAUUCCGACGAGUCAUCGGAUACAUACAAGUUGGAAAUUGAAGAAGACAAUGUUACAGAACGAAACCAACAAGAACAGCUUGUACAGGCUACUGUCGGGACAGCUAGAGAUGACGUCGCCGAACCCCAAGCAUCCGGUUCCGGCAUCCAGGAAAAUAAUGAAGCAGAUUCAGAAUUAUUCCAAGCAUCGCAAGAAAAAUCUGAUGCACUCAACCCAGCGCGUGAUAUAUCGAUUCUAACAGAUGAUAACUCUGUCACAGAAACAGAAGGCGCUGAUAAACUUCACUACUCCGAUGACAUCAAAAAUGACGAUCAAAGCGUUGCCAUGGAGACAGAUCAGCCUGUGAUAGCAUCCGCGGUUGUAGAACAGAUAACGACUAUUGAACAGAAUAUAGAACAAGAAAUUCCCUCAAGAGAAGUAGAUGUUAUAGAUUCGGGUCCCUCUAGGAGAGAAGAUCACAAAGUAGAAGAAAGUGAAACUGUCAAAACAACUGAGGCACAGACGGAAAGUCAAGAAAAAUGUGUCCCAGAUAUAAAAGAUAAAGAUAUGCCUGAAGAAAUAGAAAACAGUGUCGUGGCCCAAGAAGAAAGCGACAAAGUUGAGAUAAAAACACAGACAGAGGACAUUGAGAGAACAGAAGACACGGAGCAAGUUCCGAAAACAAGAAAACGCACGAAAUCUACGACCUCGACCAGGUCUAAAGAAGGUUCAGAGGUUAAUGAGAAGGUGGAACCGAAAACGCCUCGCAGGCGACGGCAGUCAGCGAGCAAGGCAGAAGUCGAAGGAACUCCCGACAAUAAUGAACACACACCCAGAACACGAGCCAAGACACCCAGCUCUGAAGUGAGAAAAAUAUUAACACGCCGCGCCUCCAAGGAGCUGGAGAAAACGGACGAACAUAGACCGGAAGAAGUGCCAGAGCUAACGCCGAGGAGAUCCACACGGAGGACUAAGAAAGAGGACGAUAACGCUAGUGUUACCUCAGAUUCCUCUGUCAAAUCCGGCAGAAGCAGAGCUAGCGAAGACGGGAAACCAGCGAGGAAAGGAAGGAAGUCGGUGAUGAACGUUAAACCGGAUCUGACAGUCAUACCGGAAGUCGCCGCCGAGGAGUCGAAGGCUUCAGAUGAUAUCAUCAAGGAAUACUCGAGUGCUAGACGGUUGACGCGCAAUCAGAAGGCCGUGUUGGACUCGUGGUUGGAGCCGGAGCUGCCUCGGAGGAAGAACGACAACGACUCGGAUUCCAGCCUAACGAGGACCGACUACGACGGCUCCCCCGAACCAGAUCAAGACUCGGACUUAGAGACCGCCGUGAAGCCACAGCGCUUAGCAAGAGCUGCCUCUGAGACGAAAACAACUCCGAAGGCUGCGAGGAUCGGUAGAAGGGUUUCAGUGGAUAUAGGUGUGACUCCUGACGAGGGUUCUCCUGUUUCUGGUCUGUCCCGCGGGCGUCGCGCCUCCUUUACCCGAGCCUGUGAAGCUCUUCACACACCCAGAAGGGGUUCCACUGAUGUUAAGGGUUCCCCUAUGUCAGAGGUCGAGUCGACCCCUCGGAGAGGUCGACGACCUUCAGCUACGAGCGUCAAGGGAGAUGUUAACACGCCCAGGUCGAAAAAAGCUGCGGAAAAAAAUAAAGAAACAAACGAAUAAUAGUAAUGAAUGAAUUAUGUUAGUGAGUUUUUAAUUUUUUGUUAAUAAUACCAGCGGAUGUUUUAUAGGUUUUUGCAUUUAUAUUAUUAAAAAAUAAGAAUAGCAUUUAAA